CGGAUUUACACUCCUACCCCGCGACAUUGGCGGAUCUGUCUGGGAUUUCCGUUUGUAUCUUCACCUAUCGAAACGAGCGAGAAUGCGGAAGCUCUUCCCGCGGCGGCCGGCUCAGGCCGACUGGGGCUGUGAUGCUGCCUCCGAUGGGGGCAUGGCAGACACGCCUUGGCAGCCAGAACGAAGGGGGCGACCACGAAAGGGUACGCUGUGGCAUACGCACUGGUUUUUGUUCGGGCUGGCGAUGGCGGCAAUGAUGUUUGUUUGGUUGUUCUCCGCUCAGCUGAACCUAAUGAACGCCCUCGAGGGAUCCAUCGGUCGGGGGGUCGCCGUUCGUAGUGCGCCAAAGAGGCUGAGGCAGUUCGGCGCCGCUGUCCGAUUCCGUCCGAUUGAUCUUUUGAGGAAGAUGGAGGAGGGACGGCAUCGGAUCGAUCGGCUGCGAUCCACGGAACGGUUGGGCAUUCGGCCACCAAGAUUGGCUCUCAAAAGGAGAGCUUCGACCUGCAAGACAAAUGUAACACAGAGGAAAGCAGAGGAGAAAGCUAUAGUAAUUUCGCUGUAAUUCAUCAUAUUGUUUUAGGUGCUACAGUGACUAUUUAUAACCAAAGCUUAU